AGUUCGGGUCUUCUACACAGCCGUUGGAAGAGUGAAGAUUUUGCUUCCGGGUCUUAACUGAGCCCCAGGUGUAAAGACUGGAAGCUCUGCAUUUUGUUUCCGGUCUUGGGCCUAGCGCCCCCGGCGCAGAGAUUUCUGGGAGUUAAGGGUCGCAAUGGUUCGUGAGUGAGCUUCCGAAGGUGCUGCGUCGGACCCCCGCCAGACUCUGGAAUCACAGGAGUGCCCCCUUCAUACCCAGUUCAAGAUGGGGUCUUGAUACUUGGUUGGGUGAAGUUCCGAUUUUCUGAGCAUCGCAAUAAAAGAUGACAACAGCAGCCAGGCCAACUUUUGAACCUGCAAGAGGUGGAAGAGGAAAAGGAGAAGGGGAUUUGAGCCAGCUCUCCAAGCAGUAUUCAAGCAGAGACCUUCCCUCUCAUACAAAGAUAAAGUACAGACAAACCACACAGGAUGCCCCUGAAGAGGUUCGCAACCGUGACUUCAGGAGAGAGUUGGAAGAGAGAGAGAGAGCUGCUGCAAGGGAAAAAAAUAGGGACCGUCCAACCCGAGAACAUACAACUUCCUCUUCAGUGUCAAAGAAGCCCCGCUUAGACCAGAUCCCAGCUGCCAACCUUGAUGCUGACGAUCCUCUCACAGAUGAGGAAGAUGAGGAUUUUGAAGAGGAGAGUGAUGACGAUGAUACUGCAGCUCUUCUCGCAGAGCUAGAAAAGAUCAAGAAGGAAAGGGCUGAAGAGCAGGCCAGGAAGGAACAAGAACAAAAAGCAGAGGAAGAGAGAAUUCGCAUGGAAAACAUUCUAAGUGGAAACCCUCUCCUAAACCUCACUGGCCCAUCCCAGCCUCAGGCCAACUUCAAGGUUAAAAGAAGGUGGGACGAUGAUGUUGUUUUUAAGAACUGUGCAAAAGGUAUAGAUGAUCAGAAGAAAGACAAACGAUUUGUAAACGAUACACUGCGAUCUGAAUUUCACAAAAAGUUCAUGGAGAAAUAUAUUAAGUAGUACAGUUUUAUGUGCUUAAUUAAAAACUAAAUUGUUAAGGAUCAAUUUGACUUUUUUGGUUUUUGUUCUUUCCCAGUUUUAACUUUCUCCCAUCUCUUUGCCUUGGUGUGGUACUUUAUUGGAUAAUGGAUUUAGAAAUGGAUCUAACCAGACCUUAGUUUCUUUUUAAUAUGGGAAAAGGGGAAUCUGCUUGUAAUAAAUAUUUUUAA